UUGGACAAAAGCGCAAUAUAUAUAAAACUCACAUCUGAACCAAUUAGUCUGUCCUGCAAAAUCAUGGCGGAACGCCUGGAUUAUGGGAAGCUGAGUUAUGGAUGUAAGCAUUAUAGGAGAAGAUGUAUGAUUCGAGCACCCUGUUGCAACGAAAUCUAUGGUUGUCGACAUUGUCAUAAUGAAUCUACGAACAUGUUGAAGAGUCCAUCUGAUCGACAUGAUCUUGUUCGAUAUGAUGUCAAACAAGUUAUUUGUUUGGUUUGUGACACCGAGCAGCCGGCUGCUCGUCUCUGCACAAACUGCGGUGUCAAUAUGGGGGAGUAUUUUUGUGACAUUUGCAAAUUCUAUGAUGAUGAUACCCAAAAGCAGCAGUUCCACUGCGAUGAUUGUGGCAUUUGCAGAGUUGGCGGUCGUGAGAACUUUUUCCAUUGCAAGAAGUGUGGAUCAUGCUAUGCUUUAAGUCUACGUAACAAUCAUUCAUGUGUUGAAAACUCUAUGCAUCAUCACUGUCCUAUAUGUUAUGAGUAUUUAUUCGACUCGCUAAAAGACACAACUGUUAUGAAUUGUGGGCACACAAUGCACUCUGAAUGUUGCAGCGAAAUGAUCCGGCGUAAUAAAUUCUCAUGUCCUAUAUGCUCCAAGUCAGUAAUGGAUAUGUCUUUGAUUUGGGAGAGACUAGACAAGGAGAUUGAAGCUACGGUCAUGCCUGAAGAUUACCGGCAAAAGAAGGUUUGGAUCCUAUGUAACGACUGCAAUGACACCACCGAAGUUAUCUUCCAUAUAGUUGGGCAGAAAUGUGGCCACUGCAGAUCUUAUAACACCCGAACCAUCUCCCCUCCCAUUCUUCUUCAAGAAUCAUGAUGGCAGGCAGAAAAUAAAACUCCGAUCAAUGGAAACUCUGUUGGUUGGGUUUGUAUAAACAUCAUUUUUUAAUGUAAUUCUUUCUCCACUUGUAUGUGGAUUAAGUUAAACUUAAACUGGCCCAGUAAAAUGACUGGUUAUAUUGAACACAUUGGCUUCUUCUCGUAUGUAAUGGGUAGACUAUAAACCAACCAUUUGGUCUAGUGACAUUCACUAAGUAAUGUUUUGUCUCAUGAAGCAAUAGGUGUUCAGUUUGAUUCUGCUUAGAACUUUGGUUGCUAGGUUUUUUUCUCUGUUACAUAUAUUAAGAUUUAGAAAAAUCAGUGAAUGGCCUUAUGGGUUAUGGUCGAUUGGGUUGUAAGAUGUUUGAUCCUUGUAAUACAAAUACAACCAAAUCGUUUUUUUUUCUUU